GUAAUUCGUUGCCACAAACUGCUAUUUAAGCAGCUACUGAAAAGCCAAAUUGAAGUGACAAGUUAAGCUGAGAGAAGCCAUGGCUGCUAGAGAGCAAGAGAGGGCAGGUCUGUAUAAGAAGCAGCUGCAACGUCUUCGUUCCAUCACUAACUCCUAUAGGACUAGUGCUAAAACCUCAGUUGUCUUAGACCCAUCAAACCGCAAACCAGAGCUUAAGCAGAAGGAAGAAAAAAAGAAACAAGACACUGCCAUGGCACAAGUUUCUAGUACUAGUCAGAGUCCUUCGCAAAUGCAACUUCGGGUAGAAGCACAAAACAAGAGUUUUUCCAUUAAGAUAUUCAGUGGAAGCAGUUGCCGUGGAUUGCUUGUAUUCAUAUUGGAGGCUUUUGAAGAUCUGGGUCUCGUUGUGCUUCAUGCUAGGGUUUCCUGCUCAGACAGUUUUCUUUUAGAAGCCAUUGGAACAAUAGAAAAUGAAGACGAUGAGCUGGUUGAUGCUGAAAAGAUUGAACACACUUUGCUGAAAGCUAUCCAACAAUGGAGUGCAGUUAAUUAGUGGGCAGUUAUAUAUAUAUAAUGAAAUAACUACACUGAUGUAGAAACUUUUCCUUUUCGAUCUUUCGAUCUUUCGAUCUUUGUUUAGCUAUAUAUAUAUAUACAUAUAUCUUCUUCA